UUCAAAAUCUCUCUGACCAGCCCAUUUUAACUUCAUACACACUUACCCGAGCGCCCAGCAGUGAGACAACAUUCACAGCUUCUUCGACUUCCUAAAAUCACAACAACAAGCAGCGGUUCCGUUUCAGCGCGAGCUCCGGAUGAAACUAUUAAUGGACUAAAAGCCGAGUAACGGAGAGAGAGAGAGAGAGAGAGAGCGCGCGCGUGCAUCAGUGAGACCGCCGGGUAAGGCUGAUGGAUGGAGCGAGGGAUCAGUAUGAGGAACGAUUGAAAGAUGUGUUUGAGAGUUUUGAUGGCAGCGGUUCGGGUUUGUUAUGUUCUGAAGAACUGACCCAUCUCUGUCGAGCCCUUCAGCUGGAGGAGAACACGCUCAAUGCGCUAUUACAUGCACUGCUGCACGACCAGCUCAGCGCUCGGGUUGAUUUUGAUCAAUUUAAGGAUGCACUGAUCCUUGUUUUGUCAAGUUCAAACACAGAAGAUCCACAAGAAUGUCCUGAACAACCAGAUUCCCCUGAAGUCCAGCCACGGUUUGUGAAGGGAAGUAAGCGUUAUGGCCGUCGUUCUGCUCCAGAGGUCAUACACGCGCACACUGAGUCACAUAGGCAGGCUGAAGAUGAGAAUGAGAAGGAUGAAGAUGCUCAAACGGGUGAUGAAAGAACCGUACCCAGAAAGCGUGAGCGUUGGAAUGCUGACCUGAGCAUUUCUGAAGAGUUUGAGGCAGAAGGUCAGUUGCAUCUCUGGAACCCAGAUGAACCGACCACACCCAUUGCAUUGCCGCUCUGUGAUUUGGAGGAGCGUUUACAUAAUGCUUGUCAUCAGCUGUCUCUACCCAUAAAUGGCACGGCCACAAUCCAACAGCUACAUAUGCUGUGCCAACACAUAGGCAUAGAGUUGGGUGAGGAUCUGGUGCAGUGUUCUGAUGGCAAUUCAAUGGAUGUGCAGGAGUUUGUGUCAUACAUUAUAAACCAAAGCAAACCACCUACACCAUCAGCAUCCACACCCUACAGACAAUUAAAAAGACACCAUUCGACUCAGUUUGAUGAAUCAGGUCGUCGAAUCUCAUGUGCUUUGAGCAGUACAAUCGGUCUGCGUCUGUUUUCGGUUUUGGAUGAUGGAUCGGGACAUGUUCGUGAAACAUUGCUGUACAGGUGGAUGGAAGAGGGGGUGGAUAACAGCGCAGAGAUCUUGCGGGCUUUGGAUUUUAAUUCAGAAGAUAAAGUGAAUCUGUCUGAGCUGACCGUUGCCCUGGAAAAUGAGCUGCUGAACACCAAGAACUCAAUCCACCAGGCGGCGUUAGUGAGCUUCAAGGCAGAAAUCAGACAUUUGCUUGAGUGUGUUGACAUGGAAAGACGUGAGAAGGAGAGGAUUCGCUUGGAUCUGGACAAAGCAGAGAAGCUCAAAUCUCAGCUGGCAUCUGAAGUGGAUGACCACCAUGCUGCUAUUGAGCGCAAUAAUGAGCUCAAUCUCCGGAAGCUGGAACAAGAAUAUAAAGACGGUAUGAGUGCCCUGAGGGCUGAGCUGAGUAAAGAGGUGGAGCUUGUGCAGCAGCAGGCCAAUCAGCAGCAAGAAGAGCUGGAAAAGGAAAUGAGCAAGAUGAAGGAAGAAGAGAACUUCCUACGAGAGCACCUAACUCUCAACAUUAAAGAGAAUGGCCGUCUGGAGACAGAGCUGAUCGAUAGCAUGGAGAAACUGGUGGAGGCUGAAAACCAGAUAAACAAACUCCAAAAAAACCUGGAUGGUGUUUUGAAAGAGAGGUUUGGUGAUCUGGAUCCAGACAGUGCGGAGUUCUUCCGGCAGGAGAACCGUCUAAGACAGUUACGCAUGAACUAUGAGGAGCAGUGCAGGGAGUUGCAGGAUCGCAUCGAUGAGUUGGAGGCACAGCUGAAGGAAUAUCAGAAUUUAGGCCACACCCCUUCAAAACGUCCAGGACAAAGUCUGUCUGAAGAGCUGGCCAACACGAGCCCAGAGCCAGAUUCUCAAAAGCAGCAUAUAUUAAACAUGAGUCUAGAGACAGAGAUGCUACUGGAGCAACACCAGAAAGAAAUGGAAAGCGUCAGAGCCACGGUGUAUGAAGAACAAUGCAGCGCUGAGGAAGAGAGGAGUCGUCUCUCCUUGAGGCAUCAUCGGGAGAUGCAGGUUUUGAGGGAGGAGAUGGCAACCCAGUUGGAGAGAGUGCACACGCUGGAGCAGGAGCUGUGUCUCCAUGCACUCCACCAGCAGGAGAUCAGCUCGAUCACACAGGAGGCGCAGGACGCCAGGAACCUUGCUGACCAGCUGGAGGAACAGUUGGCAAUUCUGGAGGAAAAACAAUCUGCUUGUGAAGAGCAGAGCCGAGGACAUGCCGAUGAGAUCAGGAUGAUGGAAUUAAAGCACCAGGAGAUGCUAGAGACAUGUCUGCAGGAGCAGAAAGAGAGACUGCAAGAGGAAAAGGAAAUGCAGGAGAGGCUCGCCGAACAGUGGGAACAAGAGAGGGAGUGUUUGCAGAAGCGACAUGAAGAGGUGUUAAGGGCACAUCUUGAGGAAACACAGCAGAGAAAAGAACAAGAGUGCGUUGAGCUGGAAAGGAGGCUCAAGGAGGAAUGGGAAAGGGAGAGGCUGGAGUUAGUACAGAGUAGUACGGAGACGUUGCAGGUCAUGUUGGUGGAAAAAGAGAGAAAGCUCCUGGAGAAAUGGCAACAGGAGAAACGGGAAUUAGAGGAGGUCAGAAAGGAGACAUUGCAGGCUGUGCUGGAUGAGAGGAGGGAGAGAGAGAGACGAUUUAGGGAGAAAUGGGAUGAGGAACAUGCUUUGUUAGAGAAGGAACAUUAUGAGGUGCUCCUCCAGCGUUUAGAGGAGGAAAGAGAAUGCCUUCAUGCACAGCAGGAGGAGACGGAGAGAAAGAUGAUGGAGCAUUUGGAGAGAGAGAGGGCUCAGCUGGAGAAACAGCAUGAGGAGGUGCUACAGGCCUGUUUGGAGCAGGAAAGAGAGAGAGUGCAAGGAGAGAGAGAAGAGCAGGAGAGAAGGUGGCAGAAGGUGCUGAAAGAGGAGCAGAGCCGGAUGGAGGAGAACCACAGAGAGGCCAUGCUGGAGCUUAGUGCCAAACACGGUGAGGAGAGAGAGAGACUCGGCAGCCUUCUGGAGAAUCUACGCACAGAUAUUGCACAGGAGAGGAGUGAAGUCUGUCGGCUGGCUAAAGAUAACCUCAUUCUGAGGCACAGGAUCUCAACAGUAAGGGAAGAGGACCUUAGAGAAAACCAGGAGAAUCUGCGACUACUGCACAUGAAGCAAGGGAAGAGAGCAGCUCAAGCUUUAAGGAGACAGCUCUCUGAGCCACGCCGCCUUCAUCUUGAUGAAGAGAAUGUUUUAUUACAACUGAAUGCAGAUCAUGUGCUACGACAUACUAGCCCGGAAGUGAUGCGUCCCCAUGACCACAGUCCAGCCAAUGAGAAGAAUGGGUUGUUCCAGUUGUUUGAUCGAGAAGAUUUUGUAUCCAGAAAAGAGAAGGAGCUUCUUAGAGCUGAACUGAACCGGUGUAUAGAAAAGGGCAUGUCGCUGGAGUCAUCACUACAGACUCUAACUCAACAGAACGCUCAUCUCAAAUCUGACUUACGCAUCACACAACAGGAGCGAGAUGCCCUCAAACAGGAAGUGAUUUCGCUGCAUAAACAAAUGCAAUCUGCCAAUGAAAAGUUGUUGGAGGUCUCUGUUGUGUCUGCUGGUCAGCAGCAGGGGAGGCGUUUAUGGGCAGAGCUUUCUGGACUGAUGGAGGUGGAGCAUGCUUCAUUAAUGGACGAAAACCAGCGACUCAAGCGACAAAUGAGCGAGAUGAACUCUGAGCUCAAGAGAGCAAGGGAGCAGAUCUGUCAGUUGGAGGCUUUGAGUCUAAAACUGAGGGCAUUGGUGAAAGGUGCAGAUCAAGAAAAAACUGCCUUAAAGCGUGAACUGGAUGCUCUUCAUUCACAACUGAUAUCAACACGGAAAAAGACUCAGCGGGCUGCAGUCUUACCUUCAUCUCCUCUACAGUUGCCAGGGGAACAGAGAGGACAGCACCAUAGCGACAGCCCAGACUUCACCAUGCAGAUGUAAAGAGCUGUCAUUAUCAACAUAAUUAUCAACGACAUCAUUAUCAACUGCCACAGAAGACUGGCAACCUGUGACCUCACUACUACUUUGAACUCUGACCUUUACUUUGUGUCCCCCAAUUAUAAACCUUUUCUUGAUACAUUAUUUUGCUCUGAGGUGCUUCUCAGUUCUCUGGUCACAGUGUUAUCUGUUGGAGUUAGCAUGUAGCAUUUAAGCUGGGGUGUUAAAGUUGCCUCAAGGUGGCAGUGUGCUGCACAUCCUCACAGCUGAGUAGAGUUUUCUCUGUGGUUCUCAUGCUGCAUACGGUCCGUGAGAUGGGAAAAAACAAGCCAAGAUUUUGACAUCUUAUAAAUGACAAGGACCUUCGAGAUCAGUACAAUCUUUGAUUAUGAAUUUGUUCCAAGCACUGCAGACAUUUUGUGUGAAUUAAGCAGUAUUGUGAUUAUAAUGUUAUGACGUCACAGUUUUAAAAACCAAGGUACAGGGCUCUGAUUGUUUCAAGAUUAGCCCAGCUGUUUUUUACAUAUUUUUAUUUAUUAAAUAGUUUAUUUGUCUCUACCUCU